CAGGCACUUCCUUUUAAUGGGAUAAUUCUCUAAUGAACGGCAAGGUUAUCACCUCCAGAAUACUUUUCUCAAGCAUAAGGAAAAUGUUGUGAGUGAUAGCAUCUAUAUGCUGUAAGAUCCUUCUUCUUACCAAGAGGCUUCCUGUUGGAGGAGACCAGGAAGAGACAUAUCGCUAUACAUAGAUACGCAUAUUUUUUCCAGCAAUAUUAAUUCAACAGAAUCUAAGCGGAAUGCAGUUUGAGGUAGUGAUUGCAUGUAGGAAAUCUGCAAUUCCCCCUUGAAGACACUGUCGGAAAAAAUAAUACUUCACUUAACGAUUUCUUGCAACCUACAACAGCCUUACAGACAAACACUUGGCUGGAUACUUCAGCAAUAGGAGGAUAAGACGACAUCUGCAGAGAUCAGGACUGAUCUCAAAGAGUGGAAGAAUAAUAUCUGAGAAAGAAUACCAGCUAAAUGCUAUGAGGAGGGAUCACCAAAAAUAUGUACAGGAGUGCCUGGCUCAGGCCAUAUUUCAUAAGGUCCUUGACAUGGAGCGUCAUCAUCAGCUGGAAAUAAAAAGGAAACUUGAAAAUUUUGUGAGGAAGGAAAGGGUGCAAAAAAUCAAGGUGGAACAGUCCAGAAGGUCUGUGGAAGAUGCUAACCUGGUGCUUUCCCCACAUCCACCACUCGGUCCAAGAAAUCAUUAUGGGCUCCUUCCUUUAGUGGCUGGAGAACGAGCUAGUCAUUCACAACUGAGAGCACAUGGACCUCUAGUUGAUCUUAACACCGGACCUCCUUCUCAUCAGCACCAACGCAAGGAGACUGCAUUUUUUGAGAUGGCUUCUGCCUCUCGGCCAAAUACCGCUCCAGGAAAUAUGCAAGGCCCAGUUCGACUCCAGCCACUUCGCAGCUGUGCUGCAGUAGGGUCAGUACCAAAGACUUCAGACUCUAAACAGAGGAGCCCCACUCUUGAAAAUGAUCAGCAGUUUCCCAGUGGGGGGGAGAAGAGUAGAUUAAGACUUAUGAACUCAAUGGAAUAUGUGACUGGUAUAUCCCCAUAUCAACUCCCCAUCAUUAACAAUUAUGUGAUACCAGUGCCACCUCCCCCCCUGCAAAAAGGAGGCAAGAGUGUAAAAGCAGUGAGAAAUGGGAUGCCUAGAAGACGACGAUUUCGUCCUACCACUGCACCAAAUGACUUAGAGCAACUUUUAACAAAGAAUUCUGGAAAAUUCCAUAAGCCCUCAUUACGCAGCAACGCAUUUGUUACCAUGGUCUUUUUAGGAAAAAGUGUGCAUUUAUCUCAUGAUGAUACUGAUUACAGAGAUGAAAUCAAAGUCUAUCAGCAGCACUGUGGAGGAGAGAACCUUUGUGUCUACAAAGGCAAGCUACUGGAAGGAGAGACCUUUCAGUUCAUCUCAAAAAGGCACCAUGGUUUCCCGUUCAGCCUCACCUUUUUUCUCAAUGGGAUGCAGGUGGACAGGUUGAGCUCUUGCUGUGAGUACAAACAUCAGAAGCAUUCCAGGCUGGGAGGCAGACAAGGAUACUUUGGUUUUCUCAAUGUGGAGAGAGCGUCUCCUUGCUAUAGGUGCAUUAUUGCAAUGGGCCUGGAUAAAAAGCCAUCCCCUCCCAAGAGAAAGAUGGAGGAGGACCCUGAAAAGCAAGCAGGUUCUCUCAGAGAUGGAGUACACAGGGAGCUGAGUGAAAGCAGUGCUGAGCAGAAAAUAGGCAAAGAUUCAAUGCUAGUCAUUUUAUCAGGUCAUGGAGCAAGUGUGGAACCUAUGGAGGACAAAAUGGAGACAGGAGAGUACAGAAGAGAAGAAAUGAAAGAACUGUCUGAUCAUGAGACUGAAGAUAGUCAGGAAGACGCUGGUAAAAAUGACUAUGAUGAAGAUUUUGAAGCAGAUGAAGAAGUUAAUGAAGAAGGACAGACUGGUGAUCAAAUGAAUGGAAUGUCAAAGUCUUCCUCAGAUGAUGAGAGAGAUAAUUUAGACCAUGAAAAAGAGCAUAGAAACUCAUUGCAGAAGGCACUGCAGGCCUCUGACAGGGAGAAAGAUGGAAAUGGUGGAUAUUCUGACAGUGACUCAGAGGAUGAUAAACAAGGUGAAAUUUGCAGAGGUAAAACAGCUGUUUGUGAAAAAGUGGCAGCUGCAAGAAAGAUCCAGUCUUUCUAUAGAAAGUAUAAAAUGCAACAGAAAUUCAAACCAGAUAGAAGGUCUGCGCACUCCCUCUCAUCCAUGAGCACUCUGUGUAGCAGUGAAGAUGACUCUGCUGAAAAGAUGGAAGACAAUGUUAAGGGCAAUGAGUAUGAUAUUGAAAGGGCAGCUGAUAACACAGCUCACGCAUGUUAUGGAAAUGAGAAUGGGGAGAAUAAGCUGCUCAGAAUGGAGGACAAUCUGGAAACUUUUGCAAUGGAAAAGGAAGGAAUAGAUGAAGCAGAAAAGACAGAAACAGAAGAUAUAACAGCAAGGGAAGACACUGAAAUUUUUCAUGAAAAUGUAGUGGCAAUACAGCAUCAAGGUCCUGAAGUUGAUGGGGAACUCAAACAGGCUGGGUCACUAGAAGGUAACGCAAGGGAAGAUGGGGAGAAGAAUGCAUGUGACGGGAAGGAAGAUGGGGAGGAAGAUGUCCUAGUGUCUUCGGAAAGCAAUAUGAUGGAAAUGGAGGAUAGAAACGAAGAGUCUCCUCAGAGUGACGAAGGAGGUGAUUGCGAAUCAGUCCAAGAGAAAAUAGCAGAGGCAAUUGAAAAUGAUCAUCACAUGAAUUCUGAACAUGAACCUAGCGAUUCCAGAACAGAUGAGAAAGAAGAGAACUUAACAAGCACAGAGCGUGAUAUCAGUGAAGCACCAGAUGGAGCUUUCUUGGCAGAAGAGACGAGAACACUUGAAAUACAAAAGGCAGCAGAACAAGUGGUACAAGAAGGGCAGAUGGUGGGGGAGAAACAAGCACUUGAGAAGGACGAUUUUGUAGCUGAGGAAGGAGAUACUCACAUUGAAGAGGCAGGAGAAGAAACGGCAUUAGAGGGAGAUUUGCUGUCCAAGGAAGAUGCAGUAGCUGUGAGGUUAGUGGAAGGUCAGCUUGCUGCAGAAGAAUCUGCACCUGAGGAGAGGGCCGUGACAGAAGAAGAUCCAAAAGAGGAGGAGACAGUAAGAGGUGGAGAGGUGACAUUUGGGGAGCAGGAAAUUUUGAAGGAUGUGAAGGAGGGUGGGGAAACACUGAAAAAGCAAACACUUGAGGGAGAAGAGGUGGUAGGGGCAGUGGUAUUGAUAGGCAAGGAGGUAGAUGGAGCAGUGUCUGAGGGGGAUCAAGCAGCCGAAAAAGCCUCUGAGGGAGAAGAGGCUGUGCAAGAAGCCUCUGAGGCAAAGGAGGUGGUGAGUGAGAUGGUGUCUGAGGCAGAGGGGGCUGUGGAGGUGGGAAGUUUUGCAGGGAAGGACGUUGUGGAGGUUGUUGUGUCUGAGGGAGAAGAGGCUGUGGAAGAUGUAAACUUGGCAGAAGAGGUUGUGGGGGUGGUAGGCCCUGAAGGAGAAGAGACUAUGGAGGAAGCCAUUUCUGAAGGAGAGGAGGCUGUGGAGAAGCCUGGGGCUCUACUGAAAACAUUAGGGAAGAUGGAAGUUUGCACAGGAGAAGCAGCACCUGGAAGAGAAGAGUUUGAAAAGCCAAAGGAGUUUCCGCAACUGAAAGCAGCAGGGGAAGAGUGGAUGGAGAUGAGGAAAGCUGCCACAGGAGCCACAAUGUCUGAGAUAAAUGAACUGUCAGAGGCAGAAGAGAGCUCCCUUCUGAGAGCAGAAGAUGCUGUGGGGGAGUCCGUGGAGUCAGGCAAGUGCUCCUUCUUACCAGCAGCUCCUGGGCUAGAGGCACUGGUGGAUGCUGGAAUGGUCCCCGUAAGUGAAGGCUCGUCUCGACUGCAGGAGGCAGCAGCAGCAGAGGAGGAGGAAGGCUUAGCAGGAGCAGACAAAGCGGCACUUUUGAGGGGGAACCCAUCUCUGGGCUGCAGAGUGCAGACAGACAGAGCGCUGGAAGAAAAGGCUGAUAAGGGGGUGAUGGGAGAAUCUGCGGAGAACGCCACAGCAGAGUCGGGAUGUGGAGAGGAGGUCGCGGAUGGAGCAGCAGGUCCGAGGGAGCUGGCAGCUGGGAUGGAGGAAUCUCUGGAGACUGCGGUAGGGAGAAGGACAGAGAAGGUGAUGUUGGGCACAGAGAUGGCUCAUGGUGAAGAGGUGGUAGGUCCCUCAGCCACGCCUGUAGAGGAGCCAAGUGAGAGUGCUGCAGGGGAGGGGGGGACGGUGGCCAGCACCGCAGUGGAGAAGGAGGGUGAGAUGGAGGGAGCCAUGGCGGGUGGCCAGGCAGCAGCAGGAAGGGCAGUUUUGGCCGCGGAAGCUGCAGUGGGAGGAGCGGCAGCGGGAACAGCGCCGGACGGAGUGGCGGCAGGGGAUGGCAGGAGAGCGGAGGGAGGGAUGGGCAAUGGUGCAGCGGUGCCAGCGGGGGUGGAAGGGGCCGUGGGGAGGAUGGAGAGAGCCCAGGUGAGUGGCCAGGCAGCAGUCGAGGGGGUGGCGGGGGAAGCUGGAAGGGACGGGGCAGGGGCGGCUGGGAGGGCAGCAGCAGGACCCGAGGGGGUGGCACAGGAGCGCGCAGUGGUGGCUGAGGAAGAGCCAGCAAGUGCGGCAGAGGCCGAAGGAGCGGUGGCCCUGAGGCUGGCCGCAGAGGGAGAUGCAGUGGCUGGGGGAGCAGUGACGGUGCUGGCUGGGGGAGAUGGCCUGAGCGUGAUGGCGGCUGAGGCCGCAGCAGUGGGAGGAGCAGGGAGGCCUGAGGGAACCGUGCAGGAGGGACCAGGGGCGGCCAAGGAGAGCGCAGCGGAGCGAGAGGGGCUGCGGGACGCGUCUGCGCCGAGGGAGAUCAAGUCAGAGGAUGCAACAGGCAGCAGCGGCAUGGGAAAUGGCAGAGCAAUGCUCUGGAGUGAGAAGACAGCAGAAACAUCAUUGCUGCUGGAGGAAGCUGAGGCAGAGGCUACCUCGCGCGACUGGAAGAAGGCCGGACCUCAGGAGGGCCAAGAGACAGGGAAGGCUGGACUGGAGGAAUGGGAGAUGGCAGGGGACAGUGUAUGUGGUAAGUGUGUGGAAGCACAGGGAACACUGUCCGUCAGGGAUAAGCUGAUCACAGAAACAUCACCGAAUGUCCCAGGGCAUCGAGAUGGGGCAGCAGUGCCUGGAGAAGGAGGUUUAACAGGAGAAGUGGGGCUCUGCCUGGGUGCAGUAGAGGAGGAGGCAGCUCUUAGGACAGUGAUAACAGAGAGAAAUCCUGAUGGAAAUGGUGGGCCAAUGGAGGGAGAAUCAAGAGAGGUAGGGGUGAAAAUUGAAUGGAAACAGCCAGACAUCUGUGAAAACACCAAAAAGAGAGAAGUAGAAGGUGUCACAGAAAGUGCACAAAGCAUUUCAGGGGUUAGGGAGCUGCUUGAAACCCAGCAAAGGAAGGAAAGUCCUGGACAAGAGCAUGCAAACACAUGAGGAGCCACUGUCAUGGAAAAGAGAAGCCGAGAUCCGUGGAAGAAUGUUCUGAAACUUGACACAAUUGUGCCCUCGACACAGUCCCAAGAUGUGGAAGAAACUCUCUGCUAAGCAUUCUCUGCGGCUCCUUCAGUGCUGUUUUCUGAAAUGUUUAUACAAAUCACUGGAGACUUGUGCUGGCUGGGAUGUUCACUCCUCCUUUAUUUUACUCCGCGAGUACCAUAACCAUCUGUCACAUUUUACUAGAGCAGCUUCUUAAUGUGCAACAGACAACUCCAAUAAGCCUGUAUUAGUCAGCCCAGGAAAUAGCACUCCUUUAUAAUUGCGAAGACAAUAAUCGCAAGGAUUGUCCCACAGCUGUCAUGCUUGUUUUUCCCAAAACACAGGGAAGUAUUACACUGGCUGGACUUCCCUCCUCCUCCUCCAGACACAGCUCGUUUCUACAGGCUAGCUGGAGGGGCGGCUGAGGAUAGAUGCACUUUGUGUGUUAACACAGAACAGCAGCAAAUGUGUAUACACGUAUAGAGUGUAUACGUUUGACUGUAUCUCCUCUCCAUGUAUUUUUCUGUGUGUCAUUUGGCUUUUUAAGCUGUAAAGUCUUCAUUGUGUGGUGGGGCUGUGUCUUCAGUUAUGGGCAUAUGGCAUUUGAGCACGUUGAGGCCUAGAUUCUGAUGGGGAGUGUGCAGGAGAUACCGCAGCAGAGAUAUGAAGUGACAGUACCACAGAUGGGAGUGCUGUGCUCGUGCAGAGACUUCUAAACUUUCACUUAAGGCAGUGGGUGCUGAGCUACUUAGUGGAGCUGAUUCCACCUUGCCUGCCCCGGCAAACCCUCCGGCGCAGCACGUGCACUGCGUGUUGCGGAGGAGGUAGGAGACAGGAGGAGGAAUCCUCUCUCUAGGUGAGGAUGCAGGGCUGUCGUGGGUCUCGUGCAGGACAUUCUGUUCGUAAGGACCCUUGGAAGGUGGAAAUGUGUGUUUUGGUCUAAAUCAGAACAAUCAUAGCUCAUGUAUAGAUAAGCCUCUUGUUUCUGCUGGUGUCAGUCAGGUGUAACUCCAUGGGCCUGCCUGCUAUUAACCUGUUGCAGACCUAGCGAGAGUACAGGAAGAAUCUUCAAUAUAAUGCUGUUUUCAGCCCCGCGUUGGCCGAGGCGCUGUGUCGAGGGCACUCUGAGAUCCUCCCAGGCGAUGUUUCCAUAGCUGUUGCAUGUAUUCAGCAGCAGGAAUUCCUAGGGAAGGCUGCAAGAUGCUCUCCUUCUAUAUAUGGCUUCACUGCAAAUACUGCAUAUUCUAUAACUUGUGUUUUCAGAUUGGGAAAUGGAAUUAGCAGGAUUUUAAGUGUAUUGUUACUCUGAAUUAUUUAUGAUCAUUAUACAUGGGAUAAGAAAUUUAAAUGUGAUCAAGUAACUUGUGUUUAUUUCUUCCUGUACUAAAGACAGCUGGAUUUGUGUUUUCAAUCUGGAUACCACAAACUACUUUGAAAGAGAAAAGUUGGCAAAACUAUAUUACAGAAUAUGAUUAUAAAGGUCUAAUAAUAGAGUAGUUUUGCAGUAAUCAGCAGCUUAAAUGAACACAUCAGGUGAUCCCGGGUGGUACAGUAGAAAUGUUUAUUCUGUGCAAGAUAGGCAAUACUUGCUUAGAAAGCAUGUAUUGGAGUUUUGACUAUUCAACAGUGGCCUUUUUAUUUAAUCAGGGACUAUCCAUAAAAUUAGUAACGGAUUGUUUGCUGGACCAAGACAUUUUCAAUGUUGUUCAAUAUGAAAAUUGCUGUAAAUGGAUAAUCUAUGUUUACGUAUUAUACAGUUGAAUACACCUGGUAUGUGAAAUGUUCUGAAUUUAAAUUAAUGUAAAUGACCUUCCUCAGAGGUUUGUUUUUUCUGUAUACAUAUGCACACCUGCACAUUUACUUUGGUCUAUAUAUAAAAAAAAAAGCUGUA